AUGGCUGUGUUGCCUAAGGAUGGAAGAGGAUCGUGCUCAUGUGAAAGCCCUGAAACAGCAGUGACUGGGAUGAAAUCGUCCAGAAUCCCUGAGGAUGACAUCAGGUUAAGAAAAGACAAAGACCGAAAUUGUGCCAAUUUCCCGGAGCCUGUUAGUGUACUUGCUACAAAGAAAGAGAAAAUGGAAAUCGAAGUCCCAGUCUCGGAACAUACAAACAUCACUGUGGUGGCGUCAACACAUCCUGUAGACAAUCAAACCCACUUCUUUUCGCCUGUUGCCAGUCACAAUGGACUUAAGGACAGGCAUGAAUCCCUGGACAGUGAAGUUGCUAAAGAGAUCAGAUAUCUAGAUGAAGUGCUGGAGGCCAACUGCUGUGAUGCUGCUGCAGAUAACACCUUCAAUGGGACAUGCUCCCCUGAGCCAAGUGCAAUCCUUGUGGAUGCCUCUGGUCCAUCUGUUCCUGUUAACAGUGAGUCAGUACCCAAUGAAAAGGACGUCAUAGUAGCUGGCAGGCAAGCAUCCCCAGUCAUUGAACAGAAUGAAACCAAUGUAAUGGCUGAGAAGCUGAAACCUAAUGGCCAUUCUUCAGAUGGACAGAAAGAGGAGCUUUGUGGCAAUCUAAAAAUGCCGGCGAGUCCAAGUUCUUCAACAAGUUCCAGAAGAUCCUCCAAGGAUGGAGAACUAACCUUAACUACUAUUAAGAAAGAGGCUAAGUUUGAACUGCGAGCCUUCCAGGAAGAAAAGAAGCCAGCCAAGCUCUUUGACGAUGAGAAGGAGAAGUACAGCGUCCGGAAAGUGAGGCCAUCAGAGGAAAUUAUUGAACUUGAAAAGGAAAGAAGGGAGCUUAUUAAAAGCCAAGCGGUAAAGAAAAAUCCUGGCAUCGCAGCCAAAUGGUGGAACCCACCCCAAGAAAAGACACUGGAAGAGCAAUUAGAUGAAGAGCAUCUAGAAUCCCACAAGAAGUACAAGGAACGCAAGGAGAGGCAGCAGCAACAAAGCACAACACCAACAUCACCAAAACAGGUGGCCUAUUCCUUUGUACCUCCAGAGCCAGGCUGUGUUAAAAAAGAAGAUAUUGUCACAGAACAGAUAGAUUUUUCGGCGGCCAGGAAACAGUUUCAGUUAAUGGAAAAUUCAGGUCAGUCUAACAGCCAGAUUGCACCAAAGAGAUCAGGGGCACCCAAAAUGUUCUCUAUCAAACCCUUCUACAAACCCCUUGGCCCAUCGCAAAUAGACAGGCCAACAGUUUCCAUGACAAGACCUGCUUCUGUACCGCUUGAGAAUAAUGAUAUAACCAUUGUAAAAGCUCAGAAGGUCUCCUGUGUCUCAGAGGGUCAUCCUAUAAAUAUUCAACGUAGUCCAACUGACCCAGUAAAAGAAUUGUCUUACAGUGAUGCCUCAAAGACUGGACAGACCACAAAAUUGUGGGCAGAUGACAGUGAAUUCAUGAGUGCGAGAGCAGUCUUCAUGGUGGUAAAGGACGAUGACCCUGGCAUUUUAGAUCAGUUUUCGAGGUCGGUCAAUGUGUCUUCUCCUCCAGAGGAGCUGGACUCUGGUUUGGAUGAAUUGUCGGUGAGAUCUCAGGAUACCACAGUCUUGGAAACUCUUUCCAAUGAUUUCAGCAUGGAUAAUAUCAGUGACAGUGGUGCUUCUAAUGAGACUAUGAAUCCCCUCCAAGAAAAUUCACUUGCAGAUUUCUCUCUACCGCAGACCCCCCAAAUGGACACCCCCUCAGAGUGCCGGGUAGGUGUUUCCAAGUCAUUUAGUGACCAUGGCUUUUACUCCCCUUCCUCUACAUUGCUAGACUCCAUGCUGGUUGAUGACCAGCUGGACUACCAUGCUGGCCUACUAGUUCAAAAUGCAAUUCAACAAGCCAUAGCUGAGCAAGCUGACAAAACAGACUCUAAACAAGCGACAGAUAAAGCGGAGCGGAAGAACUCUGUCAAAGGCCAGGAAGAAGUCAGCACAGCACCGUGUUCUGAGAAGGAGCAGAGCACAAUGUUUGAGCCACCUCAGGUGUCUUCUCCAGUUCAAGAAAAAAAGGAUACAAUACCAAAGACUUCAAGAGAUGAAGACUCAGGACUCAGGGAAGGGAAGACUUCACAGCAAUCUUCUGUAUCCCCCUCCAGUCAACCAUUCCUUGUGGAGGAAAACAGGCAGGAGGUCAGCUAUUUUAGCAAGUACUCUGAGGCAGCCGAGCUUAGAAGCACUGCUUCCAUCCUGGCUACACAAGAGCUCGAGGUGACCGUGGGUCCUUUUAAGCUAAGGUCAAGAAAACAGCGGACUUUGUCGAUGAUAGAAGAGGAGAUCAGAGCAGCCCAGGAACGAGAAGAGGAAUUGAAGAGACAGAGGCAAGGUCUACAGAUGGCACAGAGUCCCAUCACAAAGAGCGCGCCUCCACUGCCCACCAGAACGGUGGCUUACAAAACUGCUCCAGGGAAGAUAGAGAAGAUCAGGCCUCCUCCAUCCCCGACAACAGAAGGUCCCCUCUCCCAGUCUGACUUACUGCCUGACGAGGCUGCAGGAUCCCAGAGGCCCAAGAAUUUGCUGCAGACCCUCAUGGAGGAUUAUGAAACACACAAAACUAAGAGGCGUGAGAGGAUGGAUGACAGCAGUUACACCUGUAAAUUACUGUCUAACAAGGUUACUUCCGAGGUCCUUGAGGCUACCAGGGUGAAUCGCAGGAAGAGUGCCCUGGCACUGCGCUGGGAGGCUGGAAUUUAUGCCAACCAGGAAGAGAAUGAAUAA